AUGCCUUCCGAGUCAAAGCAAGAGUCCAAAGCGGAUGAAUCAAAGGUGAGCAAAUCGUCCGAAGCGGGGGAUUCUGAGACGUCGUCUGAGGUUGACAAAGCGCCUGAAUCCGAAGCCGAUGAAUCAAAGGCAAGCAAAUCGUCCGAAGCGGGGGAUUCUGAGACGUCGUCUGAGGUCAACAAAGCGCCUGAAUCUGAGAAAUCCAACCAAUCAGAGCCUGAUGAGAAAGUUGACCCUCUCCUUUCUGCGCUUCAGAGGUAUAGACAUCAGUCUCCUCCCGCCUUACUUUCCUAUAUUAACCAGAUUUUUGACCCAUCUGCCAAUGGACAUUGUGGGUUUCGAGCUGUAGCUAGAGCACUUGGAUACGAUGAUGAAGAUGGUUGUUACCAGUCCCUAACAGAUCAAGCGCGCGGCCGUAGGAAGAAGCCCAGGCCAGGCAAGAUGCGCACCGUCUACGACACGGAUGCGCGAGUUUGUCCGGUCGGGGCUCCAUCCCGUGACUUCAGCCGCCACCGCAAGCCACCACAGAAGGCAGCCUCCCAGCGCCGCCCUGCCCCAUCCUCAUCACGAGCCAAUCGCCCCCAGGGCAUGGUCUUCUCCGUCGGCGAUCUCCCCCAAGAGCUCCAGAAGAUCGGUGGAUCUGAGCUACCCUCAGCUCCUGACUCCCUUCCUGCCCCCAUCCCAGCUCGAACUGCACGCGGCAUGGGUGUUGUCUUCAACGUCAACGAGCUUCCCCAAGAGCUCAAGGAACUUCGAGCUCAAGGCUCAAAGGCUAACCCCGCGUGA